AUGAGUCUUGGCACGGCUGAUUCACAGAAGGAUGAAUUCCGUAAGUAUUUGGAGAAGACAGGUGUUAUCAACCAGCUCACUCGCGUGUUGGUCGGCCUGUAUGAGGAGCCCGAUAGACCGAUCGAUGGUAUCGAUUACAUUAAAAAAUACCUUGGUACUCCUGCGGGGCUGGAUGUUGACGAGCUCCGAGCUGAGAAUGAGGAACUCAAGAUGAAGAACGCAAAUCUCCAGCAACAGGUGGAUGAUCUCGUGGCGCAACUCGAGGCACUCAAAACGCCUGAGAAUGAAUGA